GACGCGUGCGCACGCUUAACGAGCGCGAGUGUUGUGAUCACGUUGUAGUGUUGUGAAUCGUGUUGCAUAUCCAGGAUAUAUUCAGGAGCAUAAUUCUGGCGAAACGUGAUUGGAAUUUUUGUAAUAUUAUUUUUUACAAAUAUCAGUUACGAGGCCUCUUCAACUAUUUAUCUAAGAUGAAACCGUAGAAGAAGCGUAGUAUGGGCCAGGCAGGCAGCCAGCCGGGCGCGGAUCAGCGCGUCCGACGAGCCCACACCCUGCCUCAUGAGCCACUGCGACACGCACCGAAGGUAUUACCGGUACUAACGGAGUCACCACGAUUGCGGAGCACGGACAAUGGAGCCAUUUUGCAUUCAGGUGGUACCAUCAGUGGACGUAGACCUGGAUCACUAUUGCAAGAGAGCUCCAGAUUACCACACGGCCAUGUGCAUUCGAAUGUGUACAGAUCAAGGUCUGCUGGAGGGACCGGCGAGAAUGACAUAAGAUCAAGAGAAAGAGAUCCUCUACAUCGAUCUCACACGAAUCUCGACCUUAGGCAAAAUGAAUCGAAUAAUUUGAAUAAAAGAUUCGGAUCUGAGCCAGAUCUUAGAAUAGAAGAAGAACAACAGAAACCUAGGUGUAAUAAUAAUAAAAACUUUCGUAAAAAAUAUCGAGCGCCCCCUCCACCGAGCAACGAUUAUCGAGAAGGUUCUUCGCCAGAUUCCAGCGCAGGGAACGCGAAAAUCGAACCACAGAGAAAACUUAGAUUAUUCAGAACUAGAAACGAGACCAAAAAACUUAAUGGCCACAUUGACUCAAAGAUCCCAAUAUAUAAGAAUACGUAUACUGACUUCAAAUCUUUAGACUUUAACGACCACUUUGAAAGAAGGUAUAAAUCACCUUUUAAAGAUAAAGAGCAGGGUUUCAGUUAUACGGAUAACAACGACAUGGUCCAAAGCACAACUUCACUGAAAAAAGAAGAACGAUUACUUCAAACGAAACAAGAUUAUAGAAAAACAAGGACGGAUAGAAUAAGCGGAUGUAGAGCCAAAACUUCAAAGACGAAUGAACAAAGUGAGGCGUGGAAAACGCCCCUUUUAAACAGAAACUUCAGAAAUUCUGAAAGAUUUAAAAAGGAUUGUAAUGAACAACCUUUGUUAAGAAGAGAGAAGACUUUCGAUGAAACACUUACUAUUAGUGAAAGAGAAAAUGAAUCACCUAGAGCUUUACACGAAAAGAAAAUUAAAGCUAUAGGCGAAGAAUUAAGUAACAAAAUAAGCCCGUUGGGCCAAAGAAACCAGCCUUUAAGGAAAUCUCUUCCUUCAUUACUAAGUAAAGGUAACGAAGAAAAAGACGAGUUUCAAGAAGAACUAAAGAAGGCGACCAGUAGGAUAAGAAAAGAGUUAGGAAAUAAAUUAACUGUAAGCGAAAAUAAAACUAGUCAACAUGAUAAAACGAGUACGCAGAAACCAAACCCAACGAAAUCGGUAACACAGAGCAAAGUCAAAGAAUCUAGUCUUAAAUCAUCAACUAAUAAACAAGAUUCUAAACCCGCCAUUAAUAAUAUCAAUAGAAGGCCAUUGAGUCGAAUAAACGAAGCUAAACCUAAAGCGACCCCACAAAACAAAGUUAACAAGAUCAAUGAAGUCAGUCAAUAUAAAUUUGAAAGUAAAGAAAAUAUGAGCGCAAUGCCAGAUAGAGGGCAAGCGUCAGGAAAGGAAUCAACUCCUGAACAUUCGCCUACGAGAAAGAGAGAGAACACAAAAAUUGUCGUUCAGGAAAAACAAAGACCAACACCAUCUAAGCAGUUUUAUUUUGGCAUGAUUGAGAGUAAAAAAAUUGAGCCACAAGAUCACUUAAAAGACUUCCCUGGUCUUGGGAGCCCUAUAAUUGAAGAAUUAAGUAAUUUCCAUCUAAUAGAAAAGAAGCUUUUAGGAUACCACGAAGAAGACGAGAUGGAGAAAUUCAACGAAAAACUCAAAGAAGAUUGUAAAAGAAAUUUAUCGUCAGAAUCAGCUCUAUCAUCCGACGGAUCAGAAGGAGAAGGAUCAGAUGGAUCUCUGGGCAUCGCAUUAAGAUUACGACCAACCUUGCCUAAAAAACUACCAAACACAUCGCGUUUCUCUCCAGCAGCUGCUUGGAGACAGCUCGCUAGUCUGGAUGCACAUCUUGCCGAAAGCCAACCAUUAGCCGUAGAAACGAAAAUGACAGCCGAUGUAUCGGCAGAGUCAUCUCCUAGAUCGGAGCAAUCAGCUGACAAAUCUGGUGACUCAGGAAUAUCUGGAGACCACGGUCAUAGCGAUCAUAGAAUAGACUCGCCUAGACAUGCAGCUGAUCAAGUAGCAACUUGGACGCCUCAGCAAGACCUUGGUGACAGCAGCUCAGACGGCGCGGGACAGGAGACGGCCGCCGUCACGUACAGCCCCGCGCAGACGUUCAGCCUCAGCUUGCCGCGAGACCAGGACAAAGGCAAGCAGUUGCAGCAGGGCUUCAACAGUCUUCAGAAACUUCGGAAAUCCGUGUCUGGUGCACUAGGAGCCGCGUUAGGUUCUAGAAGAUUCGAUCUGGAACACGAGCCUAUGCUGGAAGAACCAGAACAAAAUUGGUUCCUAACAAAAUCCGCCCCAAAUUCUUUAAGCAACCCGUUGCUAUAUCACCAACCGCUAAGAACUAAAGUUUCGGAAGAUAAUGGGAAAGAAGAACCUGCUUUGCCAUCUGAAAAGGGUCAAGAAGAAGGAAUCAGAUGGCGAAACAGUUCUUACAUGAACUGGGGAGGGCAUGUCAUGUAUCUGCCACCGGCGCCGGGGCACGACCAGCCGAUGUCACUACCGAGCACGGAGAGGCCUAUCAGGAGCAAGUCGAGCGGCUGCCUGGAGGCGUCGGCGCGAGCGGCGCGCGCGGCGCUGGCGGGCGAGAUGCGCGAGCGGGAGCGCUCCGCCUCGCCCGACGUCGCGCGCGCCGUGCCCGCCAGAGUGGAGCCGGCGGUCUCGCGUAACGCAAACGCUGGUCGAGGCAAACGGUUCACAUUCCAGUCAACUGUCAGACAGCUGGAGAGGCGACGUCUGGCUGAGAAGUUGUCUCGCGAGGCGGACCUUAAGGAGCAACAGAGGCGAACAGAGCUGGAGGCCAUGAGGAGAGUUGAAGAAGAGUUCCAGCGAAAGAGAGCGAGGGAAAAGGCGAAUAUUCGGCAACAGCUGCGAUUGGUCAGUAGUGGAGCGAACAGCCUGCCAGUUGCCACCCAUCAAAAUAAGACAAGAGAUGAGCCCGAUGGGUCGUGUCGCGAAUCACCAGCUCCCGAGCGAGCGCGCGACGGGAAACAGAGACACAGUAACGCGUCCUCCGAGGGAAGCGGGAGGAGCAAAAGUUCUACACCGAUCCGCUGCGUGGAGUUGUCGGAGUGGCGCACAGAGAACGGCACGCGCGUGUACCGCGACUGGGCCGUGCAGGCCGCGCUCGCGCACGCGCACCCGCCCGCCUGCGCGCGCAUGCCCUCCGCGCACCACUACACCGGCGGCGAGGGCGAGGCGUUCAGCGGCAGCCCGCGCUCCGACAACUACCGGCUGGAGUUCGCCCGCGGGCGCUCGCCGCGCACGCCGCGCGCGCCGCGCCUGCUGGCCGCGCGCUCGCCCGCCUCGUCCUCGUCCGGCUCCGACCUGUCGCUGCGACAGCCCAUCAAGAUCAGGUGGUGAUACCAGUAGCAUGUAUUAAUUAGCCUUGCGCCAUGAAAACGAGAACCCACUAAAGAAGAAGAUGCAGAGGAACCCGCCAUUGUACCCACACUCCGGCCAUCGGGCCCGGCGCGCUCCGCUGUCGCCAUUCGUUAACCAACAGCCGAUCAGAGCGGAUGUGUCUUUCAUAUGAACAAAAAAGAUCAAUAUGUUCAAUACAAAAUUUUGACCAUUUCACUUUGAACCUCUAAAAUCACAAUGAAAAUAGUGAUUUUUUAAACGAUGUCACCAUUUAGUUUAUCACUCGAAUAUAAUGUAAAUGUAUCGUAAAUAUUAGACUUCUAGGUUAUGAUCGUCAAUGCAAUAACCGUCUUCCGUUUAUAAGCGAAAUAUUGAAGCUUUAAUCUAGACUUAACUGUAUUCUUACUAACUUCUAGAAAUAAGGAAGGUGCUAAGUAAAUUUAAAUUAUUCACUAGUUACUGUAUAUUUUCCGUCAUGUUAUGCAAUAUAUAAAUAUAUUUUUAAUGAGAUAUUCAUUUACAUAAUAUUUUCUAAAUUAAUGUUGCCCAAUAAAGAGGAUACAAGUCAUCGUGAACAAAGAACCUGGGCGCAGUAUUAAGUGGGUUAACGGCACCGAGCUACGCCUAAUGAUCGGUCACAUCGAUUUCCACUUUUGUAUGUGAACACACCUUUGCAAUUGAUAGGAAAGUAACUUGUCAAACAUAAAUAAAUAAUGAAAUACAGAGCAUUCAGUUUCGAACUAUAUUUAAUGUAAUAUAGCAUUAGACAUGUCAGAAUUAUAUGACACCGUUUGUCGUAAUCGUAAAAUUAUUCGAAAGAAUUAUGUUGGUUUCUUAAUUUUAGAGAAAUCAUAAAAAACAAUCAAUUCGCAUAACAUAUGAUAGAGUUACAUAAAUAUAGGUUGCAAUAUUUUUAGCAACAAUUCUUUAGUGCAAUAUUUGUACAAUAAGAGCAUUGUUUUGUCUAUACCAUAUUUACAACUUUUAAACCGUUUUAUACUGGCCAUAUCAUUCCGCUCAUUGUGCUGCCUGUUAAAAAAUAUAUAUUAAAAAUAAAAUAUCGUAUUGUAUAAUGCUCAAUUUAAAUUUAAUUAUUUCUUUAAUGAUUUUUAUAUAAAUAAAUAAUACAAAAUUAAUAUAUUAUUUACAUAUGAUUUUAACAAAUGACGAGCAUAAGCAUUAGAUAGACUAGACAAAAUAAAAACUGAGAACAAUAAUUAAAAUAUAUUAGCAUUUUUUUAUUAUUAUAAUAAUAUAUUUGACGUAUGAUUAAUGCCAGUAAAACGAUUCAAUGAAUAAAAAUUAUAUUACCCUGUUUUAUUUGUGACAGUUCAAGUACAGAUAACAUAAACAGCCUCAUCUAAUGUGGGUGCUCGUAGAAACUUAUAAUAUAAUAUUGAAUAAGUAUUAUUUUAAUAUAUUAAUCAUUAGGUACUAAAAUUAAUGGAACGCUAUAUUCAUUAAUCUUAAGUUUUGUAAAUAAACACGAAUGGUGCAUGUAAAUUUGUGAAGAUGUUGAUUAUUAAAUUGUAAUAAACAUUGGUAUUUUAAAA